CCCCAAAGCUACAGAGCCGCCGUUCGCAGCUCCCCAUCCACCGAGGUCUACGCUGGCCUGGCCCUGGAUGUAAUUCAGCGCAGCCCUAGGGCUAGUGUAACCCUUGGUGCCCAGCUAGGGCCGGCAGAGGCCAGUGUGCAGCGGUGCCUGGUCCCCGUGGGCGAUUGCCUGUCGCCUUGCUCCCAACUGGAAAUGCUUCUCAAAGUAGGAACAGAACUAUAAUAAGAAGACACUGCAUCCCAAGACACUGCUCUCUCUUUCCUGCCCAUUGGAUUUUCUGUACCUGAAAAGACAAAGGAAGGAGCCAUUAGACUGUGGCGGAGGGUCCUCCUAACCUAAAGAGUUUGGCAAUAGAAAAUCAGCUAAAGAUAUGUGGCUUUAAGAGGGACAUGGAUGUCUCAGUGUUGUACCUUGCUAGACAGGGACUAAAAGAAGUCCCUAAUCUAUCACGAUUUCAGAUCUUAAGGUAUUUGUGGCUUAACAACAAUAAGAUCCAGAAGCUAACAUUCUUGAUCAAUAAUUAUUGCUUGACAGAACUCUACCUCAACAAUAAUGAGCUUAUAGAUAUAGCAGGUGCUCUGAAACAUUUGCAUGCAUUGCAGAUCUUGUUGCUUCACAACAACCAGCUGAAAAACCUUGACACAACAGUGAAGGAACUAAAGGGAAUGAUAAGUCUGCAGACCCUCAAUCUAUUUCACAACCCUCUGUCACAAGAUCCAGGUUACCGUCUUUAUGUGACAUACUUCCUUCCCUCAGUACAGCUCCUCGACAGGAAGAAAGUUACUCAAAAAGAAAGGGAAUCAGCUUUACAUAUUUACAACCACGAAAGGUCCCGUGUUCUCCAGUCUAUAAGUUUUGGAAAGAGAAUAGAUAUGCCAGUGGUGGCUAAGACAGCAUCUACCAUAAGCACUCCAUGUGCCAAAAGUUUGCUGCUGUCUCCAGGUUAUGAAGUUGCAAAUCACAUAAAUAAAGUUCCAUUUGAGAACCCUGAAGAUGCUGUUUUUAUGAGAGCAAUGAAGAGAUCUAUAAUGGAAUUUUCCUCUGUGGAUUGGAAUAAAAUACCCACCUGUCUAGGAAUACGCCUUGAAAACAAACCAGAAGACCCCUAUGAGAAGCUGACAGUCAAAUUCAGAUAACUGUUCGGUUCUUUAGAAAAUAUGUACGUACAUGUUGGAUAUUAAACUUUUAUUGUAAGUUAAUAUCCAUAAGACAUGUAUGCUAUAACUUAUACUUGAUUAAAAGAACUUUCAGCAGGAAAAUGUUAAAUUCAUUUCCUUUAAUCGCAACUGUAGGGAUUCAAGGAUUAAAGUUAGAAAAUGCUGGUCACAGAUUUGCUGUAACUUUAUCAUAAUGUUGCCACUAAUUGAAUUCUCAUGAGUACCAUAUUGUCUGUUGUGACAAAUUAACAAAGCACACCUGUACAUUAAUUUUUAGGACACUAAGGACAAAUAUAUUGAUCUUUGAUAGUCUUUGCUGGUGGCCUCCUCUUUUCUAACUUAAUCAGGGCUUCUCUUACCACCUUAGUUUCUAACACUUCCAGGUCAGAUUAAGGCUUCAUGUGGCCUCUCUCUUUCCCAAAUGAAGUUACUGCAAGGUUCUCUGUGUAUAAGGUUAUUAUAUAGUCCUUAUCAUGGUUAUCUUAAUUUUUUCCUCUUUCCCAACUCCUGCUACAAUCCACUUUUUUCUUUGCUGAUUGUUCAAAGGAAAGUGUUUGGAACUGGCAGCAGGGAAAGCUAAUUACAUUAGGAAUGUAGAGAAGAUGCAAGGUAAGUCCACGCUGGCUUCUUACAAGAGUCCCAACAUUUCUUACCUCCUGUUAGCCAGAAACCUUUCUUGGCAAUUGUUCUCAAAGUGGUCAAGCUGAAACACUAGGAAUUAGCCAGACAGAGGUGUUAAUCCCUCCUCAUGGGAAAACUCUACUGCACUGCUCUCAUGGAGAACCUCUUGAGUUGUUCCAUCAAAGGAAAGGCAGGAUUUAUCUCCCAGUGUACGUGGGGUAGGGGAGAGCUUUGGUGGAUCAGAGAGCCAUGACUGAAUGCACAGAGCCUAGCCUGCAUCCUAGCAGUUAAACACUGUAGGUGCUUUAUCCCAGGAUGUACAAUUAGAAGAGAUCUAAUAUUUUAUCUCACAGCAGUAUGAAGCUGAGUGUGGUGUAGAAGAAAAUGUCAGUCUCCAGGAAAGAGGGAAGUACAUUGCACUGGGACAGUUGUAAUGUAAGGUUACGCUCUGAUUUACCCAAUUACAGAAGUAAAUUUCAUGUUCUUAAAUUCUCUCAAGAUUUUGUGUGCACUGAGAAUACUCCAGCCUAGCACUGUAGGGACCCAAGCAUGACUUUCCCUCUAAUUGCUCCUCCCCACUGCCAGGGGUGAUGUGCCACCAAGCAUUGGAACAGACAGCAAGGAGACUGUCUCUCCUGUGCUCUCAAUGCUCCCCCUGCUAAUAUGGAAGAGAAAGAAGAAACUGCAUGACUGAAGAGAGAUGCAUGUGGGGAAGGUGGCUUGCGGGAGCCAGAGGGUGAGGAGGAACAGGAGCUAGUGGAGGGAGACAGGAGCUGUAGUGGGGUGCAAGGAGAGGGAGAGGGGUUGAAGGGGUAUAUAGGCACAGGACAGGAGGAGGUCAUAAACCAGAGGAUGGAGGGGACUAGCUAGAAGGAGAGGGGGGUAGGGGCAAGAGCCAAGUGGGGAACUGGAUAGGAGCAGAAAGGGGGGAGGGAGGCAGGAACCAAGGUAGGAUGGAUAGAGUAGAGGCAUACCCCUGCCACCCAUCCCCCUUCAUCCCUCUCCCUUCGAGGCAGCCCCAUACUCCUCUCACCCAUGUUUCCCCCCACUUCUCCACCCAUAAAUGCCCCUUGGUCUCCAGGCCACCAAGCAUUUAUGUUCUAACUUUUUGGUUUAAAAAGAAAAACAAAACCAAAAAACCCCUUUGAUUACAUUCUGCCAAAAUAAAGUAACUCUGGUAGGGGAAGUGAGAAGGGGGCUCAGGUGAGGUACAUAUGGGGGUGCCACUAACUCCUACCAACAAACAUUUCUCUAACUCUUUAGAAAACUAGGAAAUUAAAUGGCAAAAAACUUCCUUAAGACAGUGUUAUGAUUGCCAGGUUAUAGCUCAUCUCCAGACUGUCAGGAUCAGCCAAACUCAAACCUUUGAAAACUAGGAACAGUAAAUGUAGUCAAGGUGAAUGCCCAUUCAACCCUAACUCCUUCCUCUUUGAGAAAUGCCCAAUACACCCCCUCACACACAUACCCCCCUGCUCUGCUUUUUUACUGUAAUGGACAGGUGCUACCUGCGCUUGCCGACUCAAACACUGAGCCGACUGCCUUGACAAUGCCACACUUGUAAAAGUGUGGGUAUGAAGUCGCUGUUAAAUUUUACAACUCCUUCACACUUAGGAUACCACCUAAACCUAUGCUUUCCUCUAUCCAGCCUUAAGUCCAUGGACUGUUCUCAUAUCCCGCCUCACUACUGACAAUACCCAUGGCAAGAAGACCCCAGUGCCCUGUUAUGGACAACCUACAGAAUUCUAAAAUGAAGUGAUGCAGACUGGAACUUCAAGUGAUACAUACAUCUCCUUUCAUUGAUAACACACAAAGCGGGAAGUGGGGGGAGAGAGAGAGACUCAAGACACAGAAUUCCUCAUAUCAUAAUCACAGGUCUUCCAGCCUGGUCCAACUUACUCUUCCACCAUUCAAUAUAAUUACACCUAACAGCUGCAGUUUCCAGUGGCUCUUGCCAGCUGCAUGGGAACGGAGUUAAGGUUACGUGGGUGUUUACCUUAACCCUGAAUUUCCCAGAUUUCAGAAGUUUGAGUUUUGUUGAACUUGACGUUCUGGAGGGGCACGAACUAUCACCUGGCAACCUUAACUUUGUGAUAAUUUUUUUUGCCAUUUAAUUAAAUGGCAACUGGUAUACAUGCUCUCUGGGAUAUUAUUUCUUCCUUUAGAUUGACUAGGGAGUCCUGUUUUCUCUAUGUGAGCUUUUUAAAGACCUAAUCCUACACACACCAAUUACUAAGCAUAGUGAUUCCUGUAACCCAAAUUCUGCUACCCUUGCACAGGGUGAGUGGUACCUUACUUUGUGAACUGUCCCUUUGAUUUCAUGACAUACUGUACCACUCAUCAAAUAUAAGGGUGAGAGAAUCAAGGGUGACUGGGAAUUUUCCCAUUGGCUUCAAUGGGUCCAGGACUUUUUGUCUUGUAUUGGCCAUCAAGCAUGUGGUCAAUGCUUACCAAAUAUUUCAGAAACAUAAAAUCCCACUGUUCUAGAAAGGAAACCUUUCCUUAAAACAAAAUUUAGAAACUAUCCCACUCUAGUUAAUGUAAAUGUUUAAUAUUAAAAACUUGGGGCUAAUCUUUUCAUUGGUCUGUGACAGACUUGAAUAUCUUUGAAAAAAUAAUUGCCCACUUCACUUGAAGUGGUCUCCUACAGCAUCUGUGAACCACUUAUCCUUAGCAACUUGUCCCACCUUGUAUUUAGCUCACACACACUGGUUAGCUUCCUUAGGCCCAAAGAAGAGCUCUGUGAAACUCAAAAGCUUGUCCCUUCUACCAACAGAAGUUGGUCCAAUAAAAGAUAUCACCUCACCUGUCUUGUCUCUCUGAACAAAUAAGUAAUUAUUUGAAAGAUACAUUUCACGGUCAACUUGAGACAGCUGGAUCAGCAGUAUCAUUUAAUGAAAAUUGUCACAAAACAGACAAAUUAUAUAUUGCUGUGCACCAACAGCAGAAACUCACUAAUCACAGUAAAGACAGUGAAGAGAGUUCAGAAUCUAGAUGAAGACUCUCAAAAAAAAAAAUAAUAAAAACUU